AGGAGAUGCUGAUCUUGUUUGGAUGUGGUGGGUAAGGGUGCUGGGGGUACAUUGGUGUGCACCUCAAGACAGGUACAGGGGAAUAGGGAACAGCACCUGGCUUCCUGUAGAUCCAGAAGGUCCUAUACAUUGGACACUCCCUCCUUGCUUGCCUCAAUAGCUACUAAUUUCCCGGACUCCAGCUCACAGAUGACAAUGUGUCAUUCAUUCAUCUGGUGCCUGGCACUGGGAGGGGAGGGGGCACGCGCUGAGCAUUGCAACAGCCGGGAUGGAAACAUAGUACAUUUCAGAGAGGGAAAUGGUAAGCAUCGUCUCUGGAGAUGGGGCACAGGGCUGGCGGGAAUAGAGUUAGUGAGAUACAUUUCUUCCCUGUUGGAACUGAAGGUUGAAAGAAAUGAAGACUGCCGAGCUAGAAGUCAAAGAUCCAGCUCAGCCCAAGAUCUUGUCUGGAGCCGCUUUCCCUGGCGCACCUGGUUCCAUCUCCCUCCCGUUGCCACAGAGACAGGAGGUAGUUGCUAUGGAGACUGACUUCCAGGAGCAGCCAAUCCCGCGCUGCUGUUUCAGCUCAUCUUGGGGCUUAGGGGCUUAGGCUCCUUUCCUGGGCUCCCUGUGUCCUCUGUCCAGACAUUGAGCGAUAGGUUGAGCCAUCACUUAUUAAAGUGGCCCUGCCCCCUCUGCAGAAUAUAUAGCCAUCUCCCCAGAUUAACCCCUGGCUCUGGAGACACAUUUUGACUCUUUUCAGUUAAGAAGCGAUGUCACCUUGAGAGGAGUCUGGCCUCCAAGCGGCCCCUUGGAUGCUGCGGGGAAGGCGGGGCAGGGCGCAGCCUAAUGGCCCUAGGCUCAGCAGUGGGAGAGAGGCGAUGAGGUGAACGUAGGGAACGAGCGCCCUCCCUCUGGCGCUCCGCAGUGCUCGGCGAGCUGGCGCACGCUCACUCGGCUUGAUAGGCGGGCGGGGCAGUGCUGACGUCAUUUACGCCGCCCCCCCCCCCAGCAGAGGGGCGGUGGCCGUGCUGGCUACUCCGAGCGCAUUGACGGACAGAGGGACAGAGAGACAGGGGUAUCGGCAGGCACACGUCCAGGCCAUGCCCGGGGAGGCUGCGGGCGCUGAGCUGCCGCUGCCUGAGGCAGGAGGGUCUGGAUCCCGCACAGAUCUCCCAUGUGAUGCAGCUAUUGCAACCAUCCUGAAAGGGGACCAACGAGAGCCCCAUGGCCUGACCCCAGGGCCUAGCCCUCUGGCGCUCACAUUCCUGUCCAGCAAGCCAGGUGCCCGGCCCCAGCCUGAGGGGGCCAGCUGGGAUGCAGGGCCCAGUGGGGCUGCCUCAACCUGGGUGGACCCGGCAGAGGGCAGCCCGAGCCUAGUGGUCCUCCCUGAGGGCCUGCCUCUCCGGCCUGUGCCUGCCGAUGUCCCUCUCCCCACCACCCUGGAGCCCCGCAUCGUGAUGGGUGAGGAAACAUGCCAGGUCCUCCCUUCACCCAGGGCGGCCUGGCCAGUGCUCAGGGACCGGGAGGGUGGGCACACUGCCCUGCACCCACCUCCGGAGCUGUGUUCUCAGGGUGAUCCUCCUGUGCCUUCCCCUCCCCCUGAUCUCGAUUCUUACUUCACACCCCCCUCUACUCCCACCAAGACCACCUAUGCCCUGCUUCCUGAUCAUGGGCCCCACAGGGGUGCCUGGGGUCUGGAGGCCGAGCUGCUGGAUGAGUUACUGGACUCAACACCAGCCUCACCCUCCGGCUCCUACAUUACGGCAGACGGGGACAGCUGGGCUUCAUCGCCUUCCUGUUCCCUCAGCCUGCUGGCCCCUGCCGAGGGGCUGGACUUCCCCUCCGAGUGGGGCCUCUCCCCAUCAGGGUCAGUGGUAGAUGAACUAGAGCCCCACCCCACGGCACCUCCCGAGCCACCAUCCUCUGAGUCCAGCCUCUCAGCAGACUGCAGCUCUUCCUGGAGCCAAGAGGGCCAUUUCUUUGACCCAAACUGCCUGGCCAACGACCCGAUGAUCCCUGCCGCCCUCCUGCCCUUCCGGGGUAGCCUCAUCUUCCAGGUGGAAGCUGUGGAGGUGACACCGUUGCCCCAAGAGGAGGAGGAGGAUGAAGAGGAGGGAGCUGCUGCUGCUGCUGCUGCUGCUGCAACCCCGGAUGGAGACCUGGCUGGAGAGGGUGAGGACGACAGCACAUCUGCCUCCUUCCUGCAGUCGCUGUCCGACCUGUCCAUUAUCGAGGGCAUGGAUGAGGCCUUCGCCUUCCGGGACGAUACCUCGGCGGCCUCCUCUGACUCAGACUCAGCUUCCUACGCAGGGGCAGAUGAUGACAGGCUAUACAGUGGGGAGCCCCAUGCCCAGCCCAGUGCUCAGAAUAUAGAGCAGGAGUACAGGAGCAGGACCGCAUUUCCAGGGGCAGCAGAGUUCACACCUCAGACAUCAGAGCAAGAGAUCUGCCUAACCGAUAGCCAGGAGUCGGCUGCAGAAAUAGCAGAAGAGAUUCUAACUUUAGGCAUAGAGUCCGAAGCUACUAGGACACCUCCUGAUCGGCAAACAGCUCCAGACCCCCAGGUGGAGGAAGCUACCACAGUGACCCCAUGGGUGGAGAACAAAGAUGACUCAGUUGCUGAACAAGCAUCCAAGGCUCUUCCUGAGCCCUGCCAGAAGGGGACAAGCAUGAUCUUAGGCUGUAAACCCCUCACUGCAAAGGCAAUUCCAGAUCUGCAGGAAGGAGCAGGCCCUGCCAUGUGUCCAGUCCUUCCUGAGAACUUGAAGGAAGGAGGCCAGGGCCUUCCCUCCACAAUGGAGUAUGUGGCUGUGGCUUCAGUGGGGCCCUGGAAGGCUGAGGGAGGUGUCGCAAUACCGCAGGACCCCUUUAUGACAUUACCCCCACUCUUGCAAAAUACAGAUCCCACCUCAGGCCCCGAGUCUGUGGCUGUAGUCAUGCUAGAGCCCCAGCAAGAUGAGGGAUGUGUCACAGUACUCCAGGAUGUUCCUGUGGUAUCACUUCCAUCCCCACAAAGUACAGAUCCAACCCCAGGUCCUGAGGCUGGGGCCAUGGCUACAUUUGAGUUCCAGCAGGCUAAGGAAGGUGUCCCAGAGCUUCAGGAUACCCCUGUGGCAUCAUCCCCAGCCCUGCAAGCCUCAGACCCCACCUCAGAGCCAGAACCUGAGGCUGUGCUUACACUGAGGUCCCAGCAGGAUGAAGAGAUUGUCACAGUACCCCAGGAGUCUCCUACAGCAUCAUCUGUACCCCUGCAAAGCUCAGAUCCCACCUCAGAGCCAGAACCUGAGGCUGUGCUCACACUGAGGUCCCAGCAGGAUGAAGAGAUUGUCACAGUACCCCAGGAGUCUCCUACAGCAUCAUCUGUACCCCUGCAAAGCUCAGAUCCCACCUCAGAGCCAGAACCUGAGGCUGUGCUCACACUGAGGUCCCAGCAGGAUGAAGAGAUUGUCACAGUACCCCAGGAGUCUCCUACAGCAUCAUCUGUGCCCCUGCAAAGCUCAGACCCCACCUCAGAGCCAGAACCUGAGGCUGUGCUCACACUGAGGUCCCAGCAGGAUGAAGAGAUUGUCACAGUACCCCAGGAGUCUCCUACAGCAUCAUCUGUGCCCCUGCAAAGCUCAGAUCCCACCUCAGAGCCAGAACCUGAGGCUGUGCUCACACUGAGGUCCCAGCAGGAUGAAGAGAUUGUCACAGUACCCCAGGAGUCUCCUACAGCAUCAUCUGUACCCCUGCAAAGCUCAGAUCCCACCUCAGAGCCAGAACCUGAGGCUGUGCUCACACUGAGGUCCCAGCAGGAUGAAGAGAUUGUCACAGUACCCCAGGAGUCUCCUACAGUAUCAUCUGUACCCCUGCAAAGCUCAGAUCCCACCUCAGAGCCAGAACCUGAGGUUGCUGCCACACUGAGGUCCCAGCAGGAUGAAGAGAUUGUCACAGUACCCCAGGAGUCUCCUACAGCAUCAUCUGUACCCCUGCAAAGCUCAGAUCCCACCUCAGAGCCAGAACCUGAGGCUGUGCUCACACUGAGGUCCCAGCAGGAUAAAGAGAUUGUCACAGUACCCCAGGAGUCUCCUACAGCAUCAUCUGUACCCCUGCAAAGCUCAGAUCCCACCUCAGAGCCAGAACCUGAGGUUGCUGCCACACCGGAACCACAGCAGCCUGAGGAGGGUGUCACCAUACCCCAGGUUGCCCCAGUAGCAUUACCUUCACCACUGCAAGGCUUAGAUUCAACCUCAGACCUAGAAUCUGUGGUUGCAGGCACAAUGGAGUCCUGGCAGGAUGAAGGGAUUGCCACAGCAACCCAGGACAUGCCUGUGGUGGCACCUCCACCCCUUGGAGGUAUAGAGUCCACCUCAGACCCAGAGCUGAGUGCUCAAGACACCCCUCAGGCCCUGCAGAGAGAAGCAGGCUACACCCCGGGAACCAAGCCUUCUGUCUCUGAGGCCCAUCAGGAAUUAGGUGUGGCCUUAGGACCGAGGCCAGUGCCUAAGGAACAGGAUGCAAAGCCUCCACACUCUGAGCUCCCAGCUUCAGACCAAGCCCAACAGAAUGGCUCAGAGCCAGUUGUAAAGAAUGACAACCUUGGGGUUCCAGGAGAAGGGUCAGGUCCCACUUUGAGCACAAAGACCUCUGAGCCCCUAUCCUGUAUGGGGGAGAAAGUAACUGAGAACCUAGCUGCACCCAAGCCAGGAGCAUGUCUUGAAGCCCACGAUGGGGCCAAGACACACUCACCUCAAAGACAGGCCUCGAGGGCCAAGAACAAGUGUGGGAGAGGCCCCAAACCACCAGGGCAGGGAAAGGGGUCCAAGUCAACAGCAUCGCAGGGUACCACGGAGACCUUCAAGGCGCAUUCUGCUGCACGCUCUGAGACCAGCCAGCCACAGCUGAUGAACUCCGCUGGGGAGGGAACAAGCCUGAGUGUCAAGGACUCCUCAGGCCCCAGGCUUCCUGUGGCUGUAUCUGUACAAUCCAAGCUUGGUUCCUGCCCAGGGUCCCCAGCAAGAGCCACAUGCACACUGAGCAGGGUCUACUCUGAAGAGACUGCCAGGUGUGCACCACCCUUUCAGCACCCGGAGCCUGUGCUAGGCCUAGGCAGCGGAGAACAGCCCAAGGUGACCCUUGGUACCCUUAAUCUCUCCUCAGAAAACUCUGCAGGUGACCUGCUCACCACACCUCAGAAUAGGCUUCUGGACCCUGACCCUGACCCUUCUGCUCCCAGUGCCCUCAACAGGGCAUUCCAAUCAUCCCCAGGGCCCCCAGACCCUUGCCUGUGCCCCACUUCCCAGAAAGACCCUGUGGAAGAGGAGAAGCCCUCAGCCUCUCAUGGUCUGAGGUCUCGGGCAGGAGUCCAGGGAGCUGCUGCCAUUACCACCUCAGGAUCCACAAAGCCUCUGGGAGCCCGGCAACGUGUCAGCCUCUCACCUCACUCCGCCAAUCCCAAGGUGACCCCCACAGAUGCCAAAGACCCGGCUUGCAUCAUCUCAAGCCCCUGCCAAGUGCCUCCUCCCUCUGGGACCCAAAACCCAUCGGGCCCUCGAGGGUUCCCAGCUCAUGAACAAGAGGAUGAGGACAGCCUGGAGGAAGACUCGCAGAGGGCCCCAGGCUCCGGCCAGCAUUCGGAGAGCCACGGGGAGUCGUCGGGUGAGCUGGAUGAGCAGGAUAUCUCACCUCAGAAAUCGCAGUGCCCGGCACAGGACCCAGCCGGCAGCAAUGAGGAGACCACUGCCAAAGCCAAGCAAAGCCGCAGCGAGAAGAAGGCUCGAAAGGCAAUGUCGAAACUGGGCUUACGGCAGAUUCAGGGAGUCACCAGGAUCACCAUCCAGAAGUCAAAGAACAUCUUGUUUGUGAUUGCCAAGCCAGAUGUCUUCAAGAGCCCUGCCUCAGACACCUAUGUGGUCUUUGGUGAGGCCAAGAUUGAGGAUCUGUCCCAGCAAGUACACAAAGCAGCAGCGGAGAAGUUCAAGGUGCCCUCAGAGUCCUCAGCCCUGGUCCCUGAGCUGGCCCCUGGGCCCCGGGUGAGGCCAGAGUGUGAGGAGCAAGAGGAGGAAGAGGAGGAGGUAGAGGAGGCCGGGCUAGAACCUCGUGACAUUGAACUGGUGAUGGCCCAGGCCAAUGUGUCCAGGGCAAAGGCUGUGCGGGCCCUGAAGGACAACCACAGUGACAUUGUCAAUGCCAUCAUGGAACUGACAAUGUAGCUGCUGACUGGAAGCGGGGGCCCGGUCUGCCUCUCCUCAGCUCUGCAGCCCAAUAAAUCGGUGUCACAUGAUCA